CAAUGGUACUUUGAGGUAGUUUUGUGAUUAAUUAUUUUUUUUUUAAAAGUAGGGCCCAGCUUACAUAAACAAAAAUUUAAGUUCAAUGGAAAUGGAUUACAGUGGAUGGAUCAUCCAGCUAAUGUGGUUGGUCAUUUUAAUCACUCGCGCCAUAUUUCUGAUUUUGAGCAACUCCAAGCCUCAUAGGGCUCGAGUCAUUGAAUCUCUUCAAAGCGCUUGCAAAAAUUUUGGGUUCUUUCAGCUCGUGAAUCAUGGUAUAUCUGAGGAUGUCAUAAGCAACAUGAGGGAUGCGACAAGGAGGUUUUUCAACCUUCCGGUGACAGAGAGGGAGAAGUACAUGAGCUCCGACGUGUCGGCUCCAGUCCGAUACGGGACAAGCUUUAAUCAAACAAAGGAUGUCGUGUUUUGUUGGAGAGACUUUCUCAAGCUGGUUUGUGAUCCUCAUGUCCUACCCCAGUGGCCUUCUUCUCCCUUUGACUUUAGAAAACAUGUCCUUACGUACGCAGAAGAAGUAAAAUUAUUGUACGUGAAGGUAGUUGAAGCGAUCUUAGAAAGUCUUGGUGUACAAGAAGACGAUGGAAAGAAAGAUAACGAGUUAACGUUGAAAGAACUCAAAAAUGGGAGCCAAUUCAUAGUGGUGAACUAUUACCCACAAUGCCCAAGUCCUGAUUUGACUCUCGGAAUUCCUCCACACUCUGACAUUGACUUCCUCACCCUCCUCCUCCAAGAUCAUGUCAAUGGCUUACAAAUCCACCAUCGUGGGGAUUGGGUUGGUGUUGAUUCCAUCUCAGGUGCCUUUGUAGUGAAUGUUGGUGACCUUCUUGAGAUAUUCAGCAAUGAGAAGUACAAAAGUGUGAUGCAUAGAGCACUAGUGAAUUCACUGCAACCAAGGUUUUCGGUGGCUUCUUUUCAUAGCGUGCCUUUUGAGACGACCGUGAGACCACUGCCUAAACCAAUUAGUGAGUCAAAUCCAAAGAAGUAUAAGGAUACAGAUUUUGCAACGUUUCUAGAGUAUUACAAGUCAUGUGACUCAAAAAAUAAAAACUUCAUAGAGUCGAGAAAGAUAUGUUUAUCCAACCAGAAACAAGACCAACAAGGCGACAAAGCUCAGUAAGGAUAUUUACAAGAAUGGAAUAAAUUUGUCGUGAUUUU